CUGGAUCCUCCUCCGCCGCUCUCUCCUAUCAUCUAGCCUAUAUUCUGAAACCAGUUCCGUAUUCAGCGCUACUUUAAUGUAACGUCGGUGCGCACACCAUACAGCGUGUAGGUUGUAUAAUUAUCGGAUAAGAUCACACCAUCUCGACCAUGGAGCCUUGAACUGGAAGACACCCACAGCACCACAGAGAUGAAAACGCAGCACACUUGAUAUCUCCCUGGAGGGGAAACCUGAAUUAAGAUGAAGCGACUGAAGGGGAAAACCCAACAGUGUGGAGCAUUGCAGAAAGUCCUGUGAACACUGACCUCCAGCCCCCAUCCUCCCAUCAUUCCUUUCCCCCAAAUACACAACACUCCCAUUCAUCACCACUCCUGCUCUGGUCCAAGAUGACCUCACCGAGAAAGCACCUGGUCAAGGAUUUCAACCACUUUAUCACAUGCUACGUGUGCAAAGGAUACCUGAUCAAGCCCACCACGGUGACAGAGUGCCUGCACACCUUUUGUAAAAGUUGCAUCGUCCAACACUUUGAAGACAGCAACGACUGCCCCAAAUGUGGCAUCCAAGUCCAUGAAACCAACCCUCGAGAGAUGUUAAGGUUGGACAACACUUUAGAGGAAAUCAUUUUCAAACUUGUUCCUGAGCUAAGAGAAAAAGAACAACAGCAGGAGAUCGAGUUCUGGAGGAGUCGAAAGUGGAAGGAGAAUGGAGAAGAAGACGGCCCCCGAUCGAAGAGAUCCAGGCUGGAUGACGACGAUGAUGAUGGUGGUGGUGGUGGGGAUGGAGACUACCACAGGAGUGACCCGCAGAUAGCCAUCUGUCUUGGCUGCUGUUGCGUAGACAGUCUGGUGGGAGAGAACGUUGUUAAGGGUUUAAUGAAGAAAUUUAUACGCUGCUCGACUCGAGUGACAGUCGGAACAAUCAAGAAGUUUCUCAGCUUGAAGUUAAAGCUACCAAGUUCUUAUGAGCUAGACGUCCUAUGCAACGGGGAGAUCAUGGGAAAAGACCAUACCAUGGAGUUCAUCUACAUGACGCGGUGGAGACUUCGCGGUGAAACCGCCUACCCAAUGGUACUAGAAUAUCGGCCACGGAUAGACUUUGGUUGACGGAGAGAGACGUGGGACUACUCCUGCACUAACAGCCCAUUGACAGACUACACAAUGAAUGGAUGUGCCUGGCACAAGAGACAAGGACCACGUCUUCCUAUCAUCUGCAUGCAGUAGUCCGUUAUUGCCUCUAAUCUCAUUCUGUUCUUGUAUGUUAUCUUCCAGUUUCACAGAUAUCUUUCUAAAGCGCAACAGUGGUUUAAGAACAUGCCUGCAUAUCAUGGCGUAUUAAUGCUUGGAAACGUACCAAAAUGUAAUUGACUGAAGUGUGAAGACCUGCCGUUGGUCCACAUCACUCGAAAGUGUUGAGAAUAAUACAAAGUGAAAUGACUAGUAAUCCACUGUUACGCAACACAAGAAAGAUAUUCCAAGACAAAGUUGUACACUGGCAAACGGCCCAUAAUAUUUCCCCCUAUCUCCUAUCUAUGCUGGAUUUAGUGUCUUACAUGACCUCUCCCCUUACUUCUGUUUUUAAUCAUUAAAGGGGCAAUCAGCAGUUGCAACAUCCAUUUUUGGCCAUAUAAAUGAACCAUAUAUACCCAUUGAUUCUUGAAGAAUUUAACUUAUAAAUGCCUCACGAGCUUAGUUCAACUGUCGUACCCAAUCUGAACCCAAAAUAUAAGCUUGUUUUACUCCAAUGUAAAUGUAAACAAACUGUAUAUAUCCUCAAAAACAUGGUUAAAACUAUAAUUGUAAUAUCAUGGAAGGUCAGUUCUUGCAUCCAUAGCUCUGUCUAUAAAUUUGAGAGUGGUUGCAUUUCUCCAGCCCCAUCCUUAGCUUUUACUGAAAUAGGGACGGGGGAAUAGGCUUUGUUAUUGUUUCUACUAAUGAGUGCCGCUUUAACUAUGGUAGUGCCUUUCCCCACGUGUCUCUCUUUCAGUGGAGUGCAAAAUCCAAACUGCUCUUCAUAUCAAAUUCCUUGUUUUGUAUUUAUUUUUUUACCUUUAUUUAACUAGGCAAGUCAGUUAUGAACAAAUUCUCAAUGACGGCCUAGGAACAGUGGGUUAACUGCCUGUUCAGGGGCAGAACGACAGAUUUGUACCUUGUCAGCUCGGGGGUUUGAACUUGCAACCUGAAUGGGUCUACCCUGCCGCUCCAUUCAGCCUAGCGGAGUCAAAAGCCCCAUGUUAUAGCUUAUGGGUCAUUCUACAGAAAAUGUGCAAAUCGGGGGCUGAAUUUUUGUAAGAAUUUGUAUCCUAUUUUUUUUCCCCAAACUUGUCUUCCAACAUAUGUCAGGUAGACAUACUGUAUAAGCUACUUGUACACUUUGUAUUGCAUAUUUGACCUGUAUUCCUUACCACCCUACUAAAUAUGUAACUAUGGCAACAUAGUGAACAAGUUGCGGUAAAGGGAGAACCGUGCAUAGUAGUGAUCAUUUUGAUUUAACAUACUACAGAUUAAAUUUGCAUAACAAAAUAGUAAAAACAUAAAUAUAAUCUUGUUUGUUCUCUGUGAAAUGUUGAUUGAUUGAAUUACUUCUGCAUCUAAUUUAAUUGUGUUUUUAGUUGUUUAAAUGAUCACUUUACCUAGCUUUAUUUUGGCAAAAUACUAGGUGUUUCUGUGUCAAGUGUCAAUCAUAGAGAUCCAUGGAGCGAACACACUAGGUGGCUAUAACCCUGAAUUUGUGUGGUUUUGAGUUCAUGAGCCCUUUUAAUAAAUUGUAAGAAACUCAAGUAGGAUGAAUUUGAGUAUAGUAGAGCACAGUACAUUAUAGUAUAACACAGUAUAGUAGGGUACAGUAUAGCACAUUAAAGGUGUCUAUGUUUUGGCCAAAUGUCAGUGUUUUGGCUCUUGGAGGGUUGGAGCCCUCCUCCUGGCCAUGCAUCUUAAUACUUGACACUUUUUCCUGAAGUGUGCACUUGUCCACUACCCACAUGGUGGUCCUCUCUUCCUCAGUUGGUAGAACAUGACGCAUAAAACCUUUACUUGGAGAUAGCCUCACUGGUGCUGUCACAGAUACCAUAAUGGCACAGAUACAAAGAUGAGAACUCUAUAUAUCUGUAUGGUGUAAAUUAUUUUCGGUCGUAACCGUUUUGGUUUGGACAAUUCUGACACAUUUUGGACUUUUAAAGAAUCGCCAUAGCUAACAUAUAGCUGGCUAUCUUUCAUUUGGGCAGAUGUACAUCGCAGAACCGUGCUUUACAUAUUCAUUGAUUAUACUAGAUGUUCGGCAGUGACACUGCUUAAAAAUACACGAAGACCUACAUGCUCACCAUGUGGUCAUGCUGGAGAGGGGUGGGCUAAGACACUGCAUUUCAAUACAAGAGGCGUCACUGCAGUAACUGGUUCGAAUCCAGGCUGCAUCACAUCCGGCCGUAAUUGGGAAUCCCGUAGGGCGGUGCACAAUUGGCCCAGCGUCGUUAGGGUUUGGCUGGGGUAGGCCAUCAUUGUAAAUAAUCAUUUGUUCUUAACUGACUUGCCUAGUUAAAUAAAGGUUAAUGUAAAAAUAAUCCCAUCACCUGGUGAUAUUUGUAGGGGUGUGGUUUAAGGCACAUUCAUUCUACAGUCUUUACAUGUGUGUGUUUCAGUAGUGCCAUCAACAGAAGGGACAGCAUUUAUUUGAAAAAGAAAUGUUAAAUUAAACAAAACUACUAAUUAGAUCAGUAUCUUUCAAUGUAAUAAUAUAAUAACUCGAGAUGUUCUUUUCAAAUUGUAGCAUAAAAAAAUGUGCUUUAUUUUCAAACAUGGAGUUUAGGAGUCAGGGUUUGGGACAACACAUCUUAAUAGAAAUAGCUGUAUAAACAAUGACUGUACUAAAUUGUUUUGCCUUGGAUUGAAUUAGAAAAUAUCAUGAUGUAAAUAAAUGUCCUAGGUUUGGAGACUUAACUGUUUAAAAAAUAUAUUUUGGGGGAUGGGACUUCAAUUUGCACCACUUCUGUAGAAUCGCCCAUAUACAAGUACAAGGAAGCUAUGGCUGCCUACCAUAUCCCUAUCUAAAAAUGAGUUAUAUUCUUUCUUUCAAUGCCAUUUUGAUGUUAUUACCACAUAUAAUGCAAUAUGAGUACUGUAAGACUAGAUUUUCUGGAAGAAGGUUAGAAAAAGCGGAGUAUCGCCAACACUGUCUGAAAUGUGUAGCUGUCUGUUUGUGCACUAUGUAAAACGUAUUGGGCAUUAUGGUUCACUUGUACAUAGUGGAGAUUUGUUUAGACUGUUUACUACUAUACUGGAAGUCCUACUGGAUGGUUUAACAUUAAUGUAUUAUCACUGCCCUAUAAAAACUGUCCAGGCUGGCGUGAUAGGGUCCCGCCAUAACCCUCACCAUUUGUUUCUGAUGAUGGAUCAUUAGACAAAUGUUUUAAUGGCUUUUUCCCCUUCACAUACCAUUUAUCUUUUUCUCACUCUCCUCGAAACACCAAAGAAUAAAAGCAGACAUAGCAGUGGUUGUAUUUUAUCUGUUCAAGUUUGACAGAGAUAUUAUAAUCCUAACGUAGACAAAUGUUUGGGGGGACAACUGAAUGCAUUAAACCGAGAUGUACAUAGACAAAUGUUGAGGGUACUGAAGUCAUCUUGGUAGGAAACAAAAUGUGGAGUGCAAUUUGCCAAUGUAUUGGGUCUUUGCACACAGAUCUCUGACAAUAAUACGUUUAUGUUAAUUUGCAGUUAUGUGAGAGAACCACUCAAUGGACAGAUUGGACACAUUUCUGGCAGCCCCUAAAAGUACAAGUCUUUACAAAUUUCCACAAGUAAAAGUUGUAGUUGAAGUCUACACUCUUAGAAAAUAGGGCUCCAAAAAGGUUAUUCAGCUGUUGCCAUAGGAGAACCCUUUUUGGUUCCAGGUAGAACCCUCUGUGGAAUGAGUUCAUCAUGGAACCCAAAAGGGUUCUACCUGGAACCAAAAGGAUUCUACCUGGAAUCAAAAAGGGUUCUUCAAAGGGUUCUCUUAUGUGGACAGCCGAAAACCCCUUUUAGGUUCUCGAUAGCACCUUUUUUCUAAGAGUGUGCCUAGCAUUCUUGUGUAUUUUCCUGUUUCACACAUGCUUUUUCCUGUUGGAAAUGGUAUCUCUUAUUUUCCCUAAAAACCCACCUGUAGUGGUUUUAAAAGUCAGCAAAGUAAAUGUUUAGACUGAAUCAUUCUUGAAAUGUCCCUGUGCUGCAAUGAACAAUAUGUAUUUUUGUAACAAGAAGAACUUGUAGAUAUUUUCUUUAAAAAUGAAAUUGUAUGUUGUAUAUUUAACAAACUUAAAAUGCUGCUUAGAAUAAUCUAUUCUAUUUUUCAAUGUCAAUGUGCCUGAUAAGCAUUCCUAGAGAGAUUAGAACUGUACAUAUGCAAGAGCUGCUCUAUAUGUGACAUGAUGACAAAAAUACCAAAAUACAGAACUCAUUGAAUUAA